UAUGUCAGUAACUGAGUCUGCAGACACUGGAUAGGACUUUAGGACUUUUACUGUGAACGAAAGGAACAGGAAAAGGCUGCUUUCACACAUACAUGGGUUCGGUCAGCGAGAACAAACAACGUCCAUAAUUAUUCCAACAAUAAUUACAGGAUAGAUUACAGGAUGAGAAUAAGAUGGCUGUAUUUUUAUUGCUUCUAUUUUGUUCUGUAUCAUCUGCAGUGAAACACUCACUGGAGUAUCUCAUCACUGCAUCAUCUGGAGUCCCAAACAUCCCAGAGUUUAUGGGUGCUAUGAUGCUUGAUGGCGUUCAGAUAGGUUACUGUGACAGCAUCACCAAGAGAGUGGAACCAAGACAGGACUGGUUGAAGGAGAUGUUAGAAAAUGACACUGAGCUGUUGGAGAUGUACACUCGACAGUGCUUUGUGAUUCAACCAAAUACCUUUGGAAAUCAUAUUUCAAGUUUGAAGGAGCAGUUCCAACAGAGUGAAGGUGUUCACAUUUUACAGAUGAGAGAAGGUUGUGAAUGGGAUGAAAAAACUGGAGAGGAGACUGGAUUUUUGCAGUACAGUUACAACGGAGAAGACUUUGUUGAGAUUGAUCUGAAGACACUGACAUGGAUCGCACUGAAACCAGAAGCUGCCAUUACUAAACAGAAAUGGGAUGCUGACAGUGUUAGAACAAAUGUCAACAAAAACCUUUUCACUAACAUUUAUCCAAAGUGGAUAAAGAAGGUUUUGUCCUAUGGAAAAGGCUCCCAGCAGAGAACAGUUUUUUCCUCAGUGUCUCUGCUCCAGAAGUCGUCCUCCUCUCCAGUCAGCUGCCACGCUACAGGUUUCUGUCCUAACAGAGGUCUGAUGUUCUGGAGGAAAGAUGGAAAGGAGAUCCAUGAAGGUGUGAAUCCUGGAGAGAUCCUCCCCAAUAAUGAUGGGACCUUCCAGAUAAGUGUUGAUCUGAAUGUUUCAUCAGUCAAACCUGAAGACUGGAGAAGAUAUGACUGUGUGUUUCAGUUCUCCGAUGUUGAGGACAUCAUUGUCACCAAACUGGAUAAACCCGUGAUUAGAACCAACAGGGGUAAAAACAAAAUCAGUAAUGAUCAAGAGACGCUCCCUGACAUGAUGAUCCCCGUCAUUGCCAUUGUAGCUGCUACAGUGGUUGUUUUCAUCCUCGUGGCUGCUGUUGGAUUUGUUGUUAACAAAAAGAAGAAAGGGGGACAGGACGCUGGAGCCUAUUCCAUGAGUCAUAAUACUGCAAGAGGAAGUACUGAACAGACCAGUCUGUCACAGAGCUAACACACAGAGACAGACAACCACUCAUACCUGACCUCACACUGAAAAUGCCCAAACUAUGCCCAGAAAGGCCCCAGACCAUAUUCAAGUCCUAGACUUUCUUUAAAAAAAUGUGUUUUAUUAAUAUUUUUUAUAAAAGCCAGUUUUAUAAGCAAGUUGCUUUUCAGUUUGUUUACUUUCUUUAAUUUUUUAAUGAAUAAUAAUAUUUCAUUGAAAAUGAAUAGUCUGGUCUUUGGCCUUCACAAAGUUUAAAGUCUUCUAUCUGUUAACAAUAUCCUGCAUUAUCUAGAAACAUGGGUUGGUAUUAAAUCAUCUGCUCAUAAUCAACCCAUAGUGCAUAGAUGUGUGUGGUUCACUUUAAGCUUUGAGUCAACCGAUUGGUUCUACACACUGUCAAACAGGUUUUAGGUGUUAUUUUUAAUAAAUUUAAAAAUAAAUAUUUAAGUAAAUAAGAGGCUAAAUGUGUUUUAGUUCUAAAAGAACAAAAUUUAACAUUUAUAAAGUUAUCAUAAGUCUGUUUCACAUUGACCAAUAACUUUUAAAUUUGAACAAACACAUCAUGCUUCAGAGGAUGAAAAAACUUUCCUCAACUCCAUGUGAAACUUCUACUGCAGUGAAUGUCAUAUGUUGUGACAUGAGCAUGAUUUUUGACUCUCUCUGGAGUUUUAGCCAUGUGGACCUACAAGCCUUUCUCCUGUUGUUUAUGACAUAUUUACACCAGAAGUGUCUAUGAAAAUAAAAAAAAGAAGAGAAAAAUGUAUUUGUCAUCAGAAUUGUUAAUAAAUAUGUCACCUAUAAUUCAGGAAUCUGUAAGGAUGCUGAGGAUGAAGUCACAUGAUAGAGCAAAUACAUUUUCUGUUGAAAGUAGAAAAUGUAUAAGAUAGAGAACCGAUGAGAGUUAGAGCUAAAAUU